CGCGCUUGCUCCGUACUGAGCGGAAACCAUAAGCAGUUGCAGCCGAGUGGUUCCCGUGGGUCACUCACUCACUCACUCGCGAAAUGAGCGCCGUGAAAAAGCAGACGGUCCGUGCGAGCGUGCAGCCUGCAGCGCGUCGCAAGGCGGCCACAAACGACUUUAUAAGCCUAAAUAUGGAGGAUGAGGAUGAAGAUGAUGAGCCCGUCCUUAUUGAAAGCAGCGCUGAAGUUGAUUCCCAGAAUUGUCUUCCUAUACAAACUAUGUUACCAGUGCAGCAUACUUCUCAAAGAAGGGAUGGAAACCAUUACGUGACUCAAUUAGAGUAUGAGGGUGAAGAUGAAGCCUCGUUGAACAGAUCUGGAAUUCCACGCUUAAAGCAUUUGCCAAACAUCCAGAGUGAUAAUACUGAUGAAAUAGAAUACAGUUUUCCACAAAAACGCAAGAGAACUUCGUCUGGAUUGGUGAAUACAGUAGGAUUACGGGGACAAGAAUAUGACAGCAAUUCAAAUGUCAUGUAUGAAUAUGAUGCAGAAUAUGAUGCUGCGAGUGUCAUGUCAGAGAGUUCUUACACUGGAGAUCAACAGAGAAUUCUUGCAGAGGUCCUUAACUACUGCCAGGCCAUGUAUGACAUAGUUCAGAAAUUGGAUAAGAAGAUGGACGUGCUCCAGAGAAAAGUUUCAGAUAUGCACCAUGUUCGACUUAGACCUAGACCGUUUGUCCUUCCACACAGAAGCUCACCUCUUUCAGCUCAGUUCAAAAUUAGGCAACAUAAAUUAAACCAAAGAGUACUCAGUCCACACUUGCCACCCCCUCCACAAGGAUAUCAUCCACCUCCACUAAGGAUGAAGGUAGUAAGAAACGUACGACUACAGCCUCCCACCUCAUUUAAACCCGGUCAUGCAAGAUCUCAGUCUAUUGAACCCCAACAGAGAAGUCCUCCUCUCCCCACUAUAAUCUCUACGCACUCACUGCAGACUCCUUUUUCUGUGUCAGACACCCAGAAUAACAAUUCACAAGAUGUAGUUGAGGUCUUGCCUGAAAGCACUUGCGUUUCAUCCCCAAUUAUAAGUGCAUCAGUGGCACCUCCUCUUAUUAGACAGACGACAUCUGAAGCAAAUUUCAAAGAAGAGGACCCACUUCCCAUAACUCAUGUGGCUUCACCUGGAGGCAUAAUUAUGAGCGAGGAACAACCUUCAUCUUCCGUUCCAACUAUUGCUGGAUAUGAGUUCCUUGGAAACCCAGCUCGAAACAUAAAAAUUCCUGGAACUUAUUUAAUGAAAGCAAGACAGAAGACAAGGCCAAAGUAUUCAGCACGAUAUUUGUUUCGGAUUUUGUUCUCUAAAGAGACAUUAAUAGGCUGUGCCACAGGAACGAAUGCACAAAGUUUGAGCUCUCUUGAUGUCAAUAUUGUUUCAGCAGUAAGAGAGUUCCUAACAUCUACUUUCCCAGAAUGUGAUCUCUGUGAACAUGGAAAAGACUGGAAAACCUGCAUCACAAACAUUAACUCCAUGAUUCGCACUUUACAAGCAGAAGCCAAGACCAUCACAGCAAUAAUGUAUCCAAAUCAGACAGCUCCUCAAAAGACUGAAGAAUCAAUUUGUGUGGAUUCUGAUGCUGAAGAAGAUGAAAAAGUGUUUGCAGAGGUGCUUGAAAAACCACACGAAACAACUGCUUCUGCUACAAUACAACCAAGCACCACAGUUACUACAACAGUAGACCAACAAUAUGACAAUGAACUGGAAGUCAUUUUACCAGGGUCUUUAUCAAAGCAACCACCCUAUGAUCCUCUGGAACAAUUUGGUGAAGUCGGGAGGAACGUCCAGUUACCAUUCUCUGUUAUUUAUAUUGCAAAGGGGAAGUCUCGCCCAGAGCUCUCUGCCAGAUAUCUUAUAAGACAUCUCUUUACGGAAGAUGUGCUUGUGAAGAGCAAUGUCUAUGGGAAUCUGGAACGUGGUGUGCUUCCAUUGGAUAGCAACAAAAUGAGUGCUUUAAGAGACUUUCUUCAAGAGAACUACCCAUCUUUUGAUCUGAAGGAAUCUGGCUAUGACUGGAAAGCAUGUGUUGCUGCCAUAAACAGUACCAUUCGAAGUCUCCGCCAUGACCAGAAAAAAGCAGCAUUACAAACUCACAAAAAGAUCCCAUAUCCAGUACCUAAGAAGUGAGGCAUGAGUCAAAUCUCAUAUGAAUCACCACACAGUUGAUUUGAAAUCUUGUUUAGUUUUUACUGCUGAUUUUGGUGCUAUCUGUACAUCUUGAUGUUGUCUACUGGCCAGGAUUUAAAAGUGAUCUUCGAUCUUUCAUUCAGAUACACAAAGUCAUGUCCACAUCUUCAUAAUGCAACAUCUGAGUCACAAGUGGUCGCAAUAUAUUAAAUAAAGCAGUGUCUAGCCAAUCCCCAGGAGCUACCGUUCCAAAGAAUCUUACAACUGACUUCUAACUUUUUAAACAUAUAUAUUUAAUAUCUUUAUGAUUGUACCACUUUUCUGGGUUCCGUGACAAACACUUUUGGUUCCAAACAAUGUUUCCAAAACUCCAUAAAUAUGGGUCAUUCACAAUGAAGGUACAUAUUCAAACAUUAAUCUGUCUUGAAUCAUAUCUAUGCCUUUCUGCCGAUAAUCUUUUAAAACCAAUUAAUGGUGGAAGAACACAAAAACUAUGACUUCAGCUUUGUUCUGGAAAGAUUUGUACCAUAUAUAUCAAAAGUAAACGUGUGCAGGAUUAUUGCCUGCAAAAUGGACAUGCCA